AUGAAAACGAAAAUUAAAAAGAAAGAAAUAUUAGAAAAGAAAAAAAAAGAAAAUAAAAAAUUCCUAAGAUAUGUAAAAGCAAAUCAAAAAUAUGAGAAAUAUCAAAAAGCAGUUUUAAAUAGCAAAAGUCAAAAGAUAAAUCAUAAUAAUAAAAAAGUUCAACAAACAAUCAAAAUUAAAAAUAAAGAAAAUGUCCCUAAUCAUGUUAAAAGAUAUGAUAAUAUUAUAGAACCGAGCACUUUUUCCAAAGCCUAUGAUUUUAUAUUUGACAAAGUAGUGAAUGAUCAUGUCAAAAAUAUCUUCUAUGAUACUCAUAUGUUAUACUGCAAUUUUGACUUGUCCACUAGCUACAGUAAUGGAAAAUCCUACAAUAUCCCAAUAAAUUUAAUUCAUUCUUACUAUUUGGACGUAAUAAUACUAGUUAAUGAAGAAAGUGAAAAAUGGAGGAACAUGGUUAUAGAAAAUAAAAUUAAGAGGGUCAUGAUGUAUGACAAGUUUGAAGGUAUUUACUACAAAGAAGACUUACUAAACGAACAGCUAAGAAAAUAUGAUUUGUACAUUUUUGACGCAGCCAUACGGACAAAGAAAUAUGCACACAUCAUUUCGAAGAUUAAGAAAAACAAUAAAACAUUUACAACAUUACAGUUAGACGAAGAAUCAUUUGUAGAUAACAUAGACAAUGUUAUAAAAAGGACGUACAUAGAUCUGAAUAAGGGAUCAACACACUCGGUUCCCAUUGGAUAUCUUAGCUUAGGAAAGGAUAAAUUAUUUGAUAAUAUAAAAGAGACGACAAAAAUUAUGCUUCAGUUUUAUGAACAAAAAAAUAUAUCAGUAGUCUCAAUAAACUUAAGAUAUGUAAAUAUGACUAUCCCUGUGUAUAUACAUGUAUUGAAGGAUGGUACCACAGCAAGCUACUGCUGA